ACACUGAAUGUGUCCUCUCAUAACCUUCAAAUCUGCAUUUUCGUACUUGUAUCUUCGCGAGACAAAGCUACAAAUUUGCUGGCCUUAUUUACAUUCUGCACAGCUGAUCGUUCAUUUACACAAGAUUUGCGCAAGAUCGAUAACCACAGGUUACACAUUUAUUAAGUGUGGGUCAUGCAGACCACUUGCAGAGUAAUGUAAUGAAUAGCUGUGGGAACUCUAAUACUAGCACGAGGCUACGUGGUUCCAAGUGUGCUGAGACUCAAGACGAGUCUAUCAAUCAGGGAGGAGAAAUAGAGAAAGAAGAUAGUGGCGUGAUAAGUGGUUAUAGUGUCAAUGAUCUUAAUGUACCACGUAGCACUCUGGUCAUUUGUCAGCGAAACUCCAACUACUCCUCAGAUUACAGUUUUGCAAGAUUCAAGCCAAGACUUAGCGGUCUUCCAAGAAAUGAAUUUCGAAUGGCACGUGGCGGAUCUACAGAUCGUGCUAGGGGUGGAACACGUGGAAGGGCUUUUAAAAAGACCCUCAAUGAUCGCGAAUCAAAUUCAGAGUCCAGCUAUCACUCUACAUCUAGAUCCAAGUUUCAAGAAUCGUUGAAAAAUCAUGAGAACGCACAGGGCAAAUACUACGAUGAUAAAAGAAUAAAUGAGGAUUCGAGAAUUUCUAAGCUUUUGCGACGAUUAUGCCGUGAAGAUGAUUACGAUCAUCUCAUGGUACUUUGCAAGCAAGUGCAAGAAAGUAUCGUCGCACACGAAAAUCAACGAUACAUACGACGGAACUUGGAAACUAUUUGUGAAAGUCUGUUAGAUUUCUUGCACUCUGGUCCUGGUCAGGAGGCAAAACAGCAGAUUGCAAAGUGUUUGGGUCGAAUUGGAUAUGUGGUGGAACAAGAUUUUAAAAGAUACAUGGACUGGAUUUUUAAUAAAUAUUCAUUGGAGCAUAAAGAUGAUGUAAAAUGCCUGUUAAUGAAAUCACUUAUCGAGACGCUCAAGAUGGAUUCUGAGAUAUCAAAAUUGAAAGAAUUCUCCAUGCCGAUGAUGUCCCAGUUACAAUCAAUAUUAGAGAAUGUCGACAGAGCAGACUUACUGGUAGCAACUGUGGAUGCUAUAUUACUCAUCAUAGAUUCUUAUCCAGAAACAUUCACGAACCACUUUCGCGAUACUGUGGACAUACUUGUGGGUUGGCACAUCGAUUCCACGCAACAAAAGUCAGUUGUCAUUUACGCGAGUCGAUGUUUGCAAAAGUUGCGCUCGUUCUGGAUAGCGGAUCUGCAGUUUACUCUAACGUUACUAGGACAAUUUUUGGAGGAUAUGGAAAGUUAUGACGAGGAAUUGAAUUCGCCCGAAUCCGGUCGUACUUCGCCCGGCGAUGAUGGAUCCCCGACACCGAGGGAAUGCAUUCUGCGAAUUACGUCGUUAAUAUCCGUCUUUAAUACGGUAACGAAGAGCGUAGCUGAGCAUCUGAAUCCAAAUCUUGCACCCAACGUACAAUGGUCUUUCCUAACGAAUUGUCUAUCGAAAAUGUUAAAGACCGUUGUAAAAGCGAUCGAAUUGGAAGAGGAUAACGACACUUGGCUCAAGAUAUCUAAUAAUCCAGAAAAUUUGAUCAAAUAUGUAAGAAAUAUGAGUUCGUCGCAAGAACAUGUCGAGAUACUUUCCAAACAUUUUAGUAAAGACGACGUUACCGAGGAAAAUCUUAUUAAGAUGAUAAAGUCAUUGACUAUAAAUAAGAAAAAUGAUAAGAAGAAUUUCAAGAUAGCUUCCGAUAAAGGAAACGUUUUGUCCAAGGAGAAAGGACAGUUGUUAAUGAGUGUAAUGCGAUCGAUGGAGCCAAAAGUCAAACAGAUUGAAAACUUGUCGGAAGAAAAGGAAGAAUUGAUUGUGGUCGCGAAUGAAUGCGCCUUCUUGCUCCUUGGUUAUCUUCAAAGUCGAGUAACAAAGAAUCACGAGCUUCUCUAUAAAUUUAUCGAUCUUCAGUUACAAAGAGUUAACAUCUUUUGGGACGAUACCAUUAUCUCCAUGUUGAGCAUCAUAUCAAAAAUAAUAAAGGAGGUAUCUGCGAACUUGCCAUUGGAAUUGGUGCACACGUUACUUGGCAAGAAUUCGAUGCUGCUAAAAUUAAGAUUCCGAAAUUCCAUUACCAUUCAAAAUGCGAGUUUGAGCGUAUAUCACAGUCUUCUGAGUCUAAAGAAUAUUCCGUUAUUACAGGAAUCUUAUCGCUAUAUAUUAGCGGAUUUGGAAAUAGCUUACAAACUUAUACUAUCCGAUAUAGAUAUUUUGGUUGCAGACAAUCCGUUGAAUGAUCUACAAUAUACGAAAAGCGACGUUGAGAUUGUAGUUACGUUCAUCUUACGGGCGCUUUCGGACAUAGCAAACGCAAGUAAUUCGAUUAUUGGAAUGUGGGCUUUAAAGCCCAGUAUCUUGGAACUUCUCGCAGUCAGGUUAAAACCAUACGACACUGCACUGUCUACAGCAAGUCCGUUUUUGCAAUAUAAUAUUCUGUAUUUGCUCUAUGCGCAUUGUUCCAGGUACAAUCACUUCGUUUCAAGCUCCAGCUUGAUAACAGGUACUACCGCUUCUCGCCCGAUGGAUAUGUUUCCCGGGACUUUGGAUGUACCGACUACGUCACCAGCCAGCGGUCAUUUGUCUAUAAUUCUCAAUUUGAUAGCAAAGACAUAUAACAAAAAUACGCCCGCAUGCACUUUGCUCCUUUUGUCCACUUGGUUGCAAGAGAUUUGCAUACAGUCUGAAAAAUAUAUCGGAAUCUUGAGCGAAACUCAGGAAUGUCAAAGUAUAAUUGCGAGUUUAAUCAAUUGUGGCGCUACAACGAAUGAUGAUGUUGCGAGCGCAGCAUGCAAUCUCUUUGAAAUGUUAAUGACCGCAAAGGAUGUGGUAUGGAAGCAAGAGACCUAUUUGAGUAUUGUGGACCUAGCGACUUUGCAUUUGACUUCGUGCAACAAAACGAUCCGCGAAAAAUACGGCGCGCUGCUAAUGUGUAUGCCCAUUAACAUUGUUUUAUCAAAAUUGAACAAACAGCAUUUAUUCUCAGACACCAAGAAAGUGCGAGAGAUCGUGACUUAUUCGACAGAAUCGUUGAUUCUCGCUCAAAGAUUGCAUAUGCGAAGUAACAACAAUGGGGAAUUGUUAGCACAGCAUUUCAAAACGUACAUGGCGUUUCUACUGCAAGAACAUUAUCUCGACGCAUCUGGGUUAUCGGAAAUAUUUACUUUAUGUUGGCCAGCUGUACCAGAGAAUAGAACUACAGCGAGAAUGUAUGAUUUGGCAUUGGCAAAUUGUUCGUUUCUGUUUUUCUGGAGCGGUUUCGAAGCAGCGCAACAUUGUGUCCUCAACAAGCUGCGCACUUCUCUGGGGAAGCCACAGGAAACGUUUACGUCAAUCGAGAGUGCUCUGAAGAUUCUGGCUCGUGAAAUAUCGUGCCACAACCUAGACGUGAUGAAGAAGCAGGGAUUAGAGAACCAGGAAUUAGAUCGCAUCUUGCACGAGCACACGCGAGUACGACUCUUCGUCGAGUUCCUGGAACAUCUCGAAAGGGUGAUUCACAAUGCGGCCGAUGGUUGCGCGAUGGCGCUCUUACCACUGUCAAAACCAGUCAGAACCUUCUUUCAUACGAACAAGUCGACGUGCAAGGAAUGGCUGAAUCGCAUACGAUUGGCCUUAUGCGUAGUCUCGUUGCACUCCGGCCUAGCAACGAGUGCGUUGCGAAACGGUCAGAGAUUACUAGAGGAUUUGAGCAAUGCUGAUAAUACGCAAGGAAUCGAAUUUGAGAGGGCAACAUUAUGGACUACGCAGGCGAUGGUCGCACUCGGCGAAGCGGAGGCGUUACAGGGGCUUUAUCUUUAUACCAAGAGCAAGGAUAGACAGUUUUCCUGGUUGAAAGCAGCGAUGGAGGAAGCCGCCGGGCGUUACGAGUCAGCGGCGGAUGCCUACAAGCAGAUCGUCGACGAUCAUGAUCACGUUAAAACAAAUGAUGACGAAGGCGGCAGAACCGCGAGACUCGAGAGCGACAGUCAAGUGCUGGGCUUCUGCAUGCAAAGACUUUCCAAUUGUUAUAAAGCGGUCAGUGACUGGUCUGGAUUAGUGGAAUGGAAAUCACGAGAGACCGAGAUGCUGACGCAAGAGAAUUAUAUCGCCGUGAGGAAGCAAAUUGCAGAAAAUAUUGUUCCGCAGCAGGCGGAUUGUCUGAAAAAGUUCGAGGAGGGCAAACUGAUCUCCUUGGAUGAGUUGUCGAAUUGGAACCUGCUGGAGAAGAAAAGUAAUUGGAGCUGCGCGAAAACGCUGGCUGCGUGCAGCAACAGUUUGACGAACGUUGCGCUCAGAAUUCGCCUUAAUGAAUUCGACGAUUCGUUUGACGAUAGUAUUAUCGAGAGAUGCCAAAAGGUUGCGGCCAAGGUGAUGCAGGACGGAUUGCGGAACGUGCCGUCGGAGUAUCUCAGUGAUGCUAUACUGCUUCAAUAUUCUGCGACGGGACUGAAGAACAUAUCGCGCGGCAAGAAGGACAAGAACGUUUUCGAAUUAUUCAAGGUUGAUAAAGUGAAUAAUAUCAAUUCCAACAUUUUAACGCAGGUAUUGUGGUGGUCUGAGUAUCUGGAUCAAGCGUGCGACAGCGGCUCUACGGAGGUGGACAGUCUACGAUUACAUGUUGUCAGAACGGCCAGGAAAGAAGGCAACUUUAAUUUAGCGAAACGUGAGAUGAUCAAGUACUUGAAAUCGGAGCAAGACCUCAUUCGAUUGGAGAAUUCGACUGCUUGCACUUUCACUGAGAUCACAAGCGGUAUGCUGAACGGGCCUAUCCACGUGAAAUGGACUAAGAGUAGUAUGCGCGCAUUCAGAGAAUUGUCGAAAUUAUUGUAUGACAUGGAGAAAACGAGCGAGGCUUUAAGAAUGUGUUGCGUGACCGCGUUGGGGAUCUCGCAAGCGAUCGUCAGUGGCGAGCAGUCUGCUGAUUUACGGGAAACGGGAACCAAGCUUUUGCUUACCCUGGGUAAGUGGAUACAACAGGACACAAACGUGAAGGAGAAUCCUCAAUUGGAGGAAUUGCUCCGAUUCGAAGCUAUGCACAACGACGGCCUGAUGGACAAACUGUUUGGCGAGACGAUCGAUCUGAUUCCUACGUCGGACAUGAUAAUCGGUAAAUUGAUGCAACUUGGCGUGAAUCAGUGUCCGGAUCUGCCGCGAGCCUGGUCCAGUUUUGCCGCUUGGUGUUACAAGUGGGGCCGAAAGAUUGUGGACAACUCCAAUUCUGGUCAAUUGACGGAUACUGAUCGAAUAAAUAUACAGUCGUUACUGCCGAUGGAUAUAGCCGAAACUGAUCUCAACACCAUUUUUUCUAUACUAAGUCAGAACAAAACCAUACCCGAAGACGAGGGUGAUAUCGACAUGAAUGACAUAAACACAUCUGACAUGAUAGAGAAUCAACUGAGGAACGUAUCGGUCUUAAGUCACGCCAGCAACGAACAUCUCGGUAUGCUGGUCGACAUCUGGCGACAGGCACAGAAAAGGAUCUAUUCGUAUUACGAGCUUUCAGCGAACGCGUAUUUCAAAUACUUACAAUUAGCAAAUAAUGACAGCAACGAGUGCGACACCAUCACGGCAACGUUGAGAUUACUGAGACUCGUGGUGAAGCACGCUCUCGAAUUGCAGAAUGUUCUCGAAGCCGGUCUCUCGACAACCCCGACCGCGCCAUGGAAAGAGAUUAUACCGCAGUUAUUUUCGAGACUCAGUCAUCCCGAGACGUACGUGAGGACUCAGGUAUCCGAGCUGUUGUGCCGAGUGGCCGAGAAUUCGCCGCAUUUGAUCACGUUCCCGGCCGUGGUGGGCGCGGUAUCCGGGCAGAAGAAGAUGUACGGCAAGGUCGUUAGCCCUUAUGAAAAGCCCGAUGACAAUGAUAGCUCGCAGAAUGAUGUAGAUUUGAGUGCUGUCAUAGAGGAACGAGAGGGAAAAGAAGGAGAGGAGAAUAAUGACGGGGAAGAGGAGGACGAGGAGGAAGAGGAGGAUGAGGGAGAUGAGGAUGAGGAGGAGGAGGAGGAGGAGGAGGAGGAGGAGAAUGAAGAGGAGAAAGAGGAGGACGAUGAUGACGAUGAAGAAAAGACAGUAGCGGAAACAAUUGCAUAUAACGACGAACAUGAGAGUUUCAUGGAUUCCUAUUUCUCGCAGUUGGUCGAUUGUCUCUCGAAUCGUAUACAGGAUUCGGUGAUUCAAGUGAAAGUGCUAGUGAAGGAGCUCAGACGAAUCACAUUGUUGUGGGACGAACUGUGGUUGGCAACAUUGUGUCAACAUCACACCGAGAUUACCAAACGAUUCGAGCAGCUAGAAAUUGAGAUUCAACGGGUGCAGGACAAUAUAUGGCUUACGCUCGAAGAGAAGGAUAAAUUGAUCGCGGAAAAGCAUAGGAUUAUUUUGAAGCCAAUUACAUUUAUAUUAGAGAAUCUGCUAUCUAUGACGUCUGUAUCUGCCGAGACGCCACACGAGAAGACCUUUCAGGAGAAGUUUGGUGCUUCUAUAGAGGAGGUGAUAAAUCGAUUGAACAAUCCUAAGAAUCCAGCAAAGCCCCAAAUGGCCAGUUUGGCCUUGAAACAUUUGGAAACCAAGUUAGCGCAACGCGUACACCGACGAGCCGCUUAUUCUCUGUCAAUGAUGGACAUCAGUCCUAUUCUGGCUAAUCUGAAGGACACCCGUAUCGCCAUGCCGGGCGUCGCUGCCAUCGAUAACAGAAUCGUCACCAUUAUGUCGGUGGACAAUAAUGUUCAGAUUCUACCGACGAAGACAAAGCCUAAAAAAUUGAUAUUCCACGGGUCCGAUGGCCACGUUUAUACGUAUUUAUUCAAGGGACUAGAGGAUCUGCAUCUAGACGAGAGGAUAAUGCAAUUCCUGAGUAUAUGUAACACCAUGAUGUCAAAGAAUAGCGAUACCAAGGUCUACAGGGCGCGGCACUAUUCAGUGAUCCCUUUAGGUCCCAGAUCCGGUCUCAUUCAGUGGGUCGAUGGCGUUACGCCACUGUUUAUACUUUAUAAGCGAUGGCAGCAGCGUGAGUGCGCCGUCAGCAAAACCGGUGGCGGCAAUUCUGCUAUUAUGCGACCGUCGGAACUGUUUUACAACAAGUUGACGCCAUUGUUGAAAGAAUGCGGGAUCGGCUUGGAGAACCGAAAGGAGUGGCCUAUUCAUGUGCUGAAAAAAGUUUUGGAGGAAUUAAUGAGGGAGACUCCGAAGGAUCUACUGGCAAAAGAGAUCUGGUGUAACAGUAUCAACGUCGGCAGCUGGUGGCAAGCUACCAAGAACUACUCAUAUUCCGUUGCUGUAAUGUCCAUCAUUGGCUACAUCAUAGGUUUAGGCGACAGGCAUUUGGAUAACGUUCUCGUUGAUCUUAAUACCGGCGAAGUUGUACACAUUGAUUACAAUGUCUGCUUUGAGAAAGGAAAAACUCUACGUGUCCCGGAAAAGGUGCCGUUCCGCAUGACGCCAAAUAUUAAAACGGCUUUAGGAGUAACCGGAGUCGAGGGUAUAUUUAGGUUCGCUUCCGAGCAUACUCUAAGAGUGAUGCGUAGAGGCCGCGAGACGCUGUUGACCUUGCUGGAGGCGUUCGUCUACGAUCCUUUGGUAGAUUGGCGGGCGGGCGCGGACACUAGCAUAGCAAGUUACGGUGCUUGCCAGGCUAGAGCGAGAUGCACUGGCGUUGGAAGAAAACAGUUGGAGCAGGAGCUCACGCGUGCAAUGUUUGCAGUAAGAACGGCAGAGAUGCGCGCCGAAUGGCUAGCUAAUCGAGAUGAAUUGGCAAAAAACUUGCCGCUGCUGUGCCAUCACUUGAACAGCUGGAUCGAGGCGACCGAAGCAUCGCGUCAGUGCCAAGAUUUACUGCAGGAUCGACAUCAGCAGCUCGCGCUAGUAAAAGAGGCGCAGGCAAUCGGUCGGAAUCACGCGUUAUAUUCGCUAGUUAAGCGAUACAAUUCAUUCAAACGAGCACGAGAUUCUCACGAGAAGGCAAAGGCAGGCUUGAAGGAGAAGAUAGAGGAAUGCGAGAAACAGAUAAAUAUGCAUAAUAUCGCGCUGGCCGCAGUACGAGGCUCUCAACUAGGACAAUGGCUGGCGGAAUUGGGAAACUUGACUAAUCAACAAGAUCAUGUAGUGUUCGACCUUGUGAAGGAAUUUCUGCAAAACGCCGGACAAAGUCAGAUGAUAGUACAAUGCGAACAGUCGGAAAACGAACUGAUGCAACUGGCUACCGACCAGGCCUUCUCCAUAAGCAAAUGUUUAGAGCUGUUGAGUCAAUAUUCCGCCAUCUGCAACCUGUACCCUCUAAGCAUUCUGUCGCAACACCGUGUCGUGCUCUAUCACACUUGGGCGAGCGAGCUGUUAGCCACGGGUACCGUCGAGGCGUGUCACGAAAUCAUGGUACGAUUCGAAGCCAGUCUAAAUCCAAUCAAUCCGAGCAAUCCGCAGGUUCAGCAGAUAAUAACCUUUUCGUAUCAGUUGGAAGCGAUCUUGAAUGAGUCUAGCGAGAGAUACAAGAAAGCUUAUGAGAGGACAGUAUCCCAAGGCUUGCCGGAAGCCGGCAAUAGAAUUGAGAAAGCGUACGCCGAGUCAAGAGCACAAAUUACCGGAUUUUUACGGCGGGAAAAGGGUGCGGAGAAAGCGUUCGAAUGUGUCAAUAUCACCGCGCUUUGUUCCUUGAACAUGCGAUAUUUGAUGAUGGAGGGCGCUGCCAAGUGCGCCGGAGAUUGCUUAGUGGAUCUUACAUCCCGCGAGGGGGAUUGGUUCCUGGACGACAUGCGUCUGGUGUCGUCGUUGAUUGUCGAGUUUAUCACGCUGAUACCAGAGAGCCACAAGAUCAACAACACCGAUCCCAAGAUUGCGCUGAUAUUCAAGUGCUUGAGAAGCGCCGAUUGUAUUUACAAGGGUCUACAGGAUCUUAAUUACAACUUCCAAACUAUCAUAUUACCGGAGGCGAUGAAGACUAUCGUCACGGAGGAACCGAGUGUCAUGCGAAUGAUAAGCGAACUCGACGAGAUUAUAAUACUGACCGGAAUACCGCUCGGUGAUAUUCUGGCGCAGCUUGAGAUGCAUCUCCGGUUCACUGUGAUGGAGAUGGAGAGCCCCCACGCGGUAGUACAAAAUAUAGUGAAUAACAUAAGAUUGCGAUUCGAGGCGUUAUUGUCGCGACAGGCGGAAGUUCAAGAUUUGAAUCAAGAGGAAAGUCUAACGCCAGGUCAAAUGUUACUAAUGGGUUUCAAUGGUUUGUUUGAAAAAGUGCAAAUGGAAGGUAACGCCUUAGUGGCUAUCCUGAGCACCUUGGACAUUCCGAUGAAUUGGAAAAAGAUUGAUCAGAUACGCGAGGCCAAGGAGAUGUCGGUGCCCAUUUUCAACAAGGCGAUCCGACAAGUUCUCGAAGAUAUAUUUCUAAUCAAGAGAUUGCAUACUAUACAAGAGUUCUUUAUGAUGUGCAGGGACAUUGCUACUGCAUUCAAGGGCGGCUUGGCAAACAUAUAUGAUGAUGAACGGCUUAACAAGCCCGUCCGAUUAUUCACUGCCGAUUAUGUUUCGAGGCAAUUGCUCGGAGUGACGACGCAGACAUUGGCGAUCGCCCUGUGUUUUCUGCUGCAGCGAAUGGGCCUGAAUGUAACUACCGAGAUCGAACAGAGAGAUAUUGGAGCAGAAAGCAAGGUCUCGCUAGAGGAGCUGUGUCGAAAGAUGGUAGAUUUGUGCUUGAAGAGGGGAUUGUUCUCAGGCUCGGUCUUUACGCAAGGGAGUGCGUUGAAUAGCACUUUGGAAAGCACUUGGCGACGGAAACAGGUUGCUAGAUUGGCGCAACAGAGCGCCAAGGUAGCCAGGAUCAGUCUUCAGAGACUUCAACUUCAGCAGACAGCUUAUCAUUGGUUGUACGAAGAUGUUCUAAUGAUGAGACCCAAUAUCAAUCCAAUGAAUCCAAUGAAUCCGAUGCAUCCUAUGAAUCGUUUGAAUCGCUCUACCUUCAUGCUCGAAUUACGAAAAAAGGCAGCGAAAUUGUCAAACUUGCAGUCGCGAGUAUGCGAAGCACGCGAGCAACAACAGAAUCUCAUUUCGAGUGCUGUACAACGUCUCAAAUGGGCUGCCGGCGCCAAUCCAGCACUGGGCGAAGUCAUGUCCGCGUUCGACAACGCGGUAUUAUCGUCGUGCGAUAAAUUGACUAGACAGCACAAUUUAGCCGCGAUGGUAGUCAAUACGUGCAAUUCCAUACUGCACUACGAGGCUCUGAGAACCAGGACCUCGGAGAGUGUAACGCACGAUACCAACCUAGUCAAAUUGAUCAAGCACUGGGAGGAGAGUUGUCUGUUGACGGUCAACCUGAACAUUACCGUUACCAUGACUGAGGAGAGCCUUGUACAGCUGCUGCAGUUGGAGAACAACGUGGAUGCCACAUGGUUGAAGCAGGCCGAGAAAAUGGUAUCCGAGGCGAUAAUCGACACUCAGAAAAAAUUGCAGGAGAAACAAGAGGCUCUCUUUACGGCCGAAGACUAUUUAAGGGAGCGAGUGAUGAAUCUGCAGAAUGUACUCGCCGAGCAUCACCGAUUAAUGUCGGACGUUAGAGCGUUGCUAAAGACAAUGGCCAAGCAGGAGAAUAUCGAUGGUCUGCAGGAUUAUCUGUUUACCUAUCGGUCUUUCACGGAGAAUAUUUCGGCUGCAGUGAAGGAACUGGAAGCCGAGAAUUUCGAUUCUGCUCGCGGUAUGGCGAUGAAGGAAGAAUUGGAGGCGAUGGCGAUCAAAGUGCCUAGUCUGUACAAUCGAUUGCUGGAGUUUGCGAGUGAGCGCAAGUUAAAUUCGACGAAAAGCGCGGAGAAGCCUGCAACAGGCAAUCUGCCGAGGAAGAGAAAGAAGAGGAAGAAGGGCAAGUUGGUGCGACAGAACAGCGUAUGCCCGAGUCCGAGGAAGGGGACAGUAUUGACCAGAGAUCCGACCACGGGCAAGGCCGUGCAAGAGCGGAACGCCUACGCGCUGAACGUGUGGCGUCGCGUGCGUAUGAAAUUGGAGGGCCGCGAUCCGCAACCGUCACGCAAGUAUACCACGGCCGAACAGGUGGAAUACGUGAUACGUGAAGCACAGAGCAACGAUAAUCUGGCCUUGUUGUACGAGGGCUGGACACCGUGGGUCUGAACGAAUGACAGCUGGCGUUUGCGCGCCCCGAUGGCUCGACACUCGUCUCACACGGUACUCAAAUUCGUACCGUCGUACCUACGUCGCUCUAUGUCGCCGUAGGAGGCAAAACACUCCGCUCGAAACCAGCUGGUGAAGUAUCCGGCAAUAACCGGGAAAUAUGUCGGUUUCAUAGCUCGAUCGUGGAUCGAUCUUUCCGACGCGACAAUUGAAAACCCACUAUGCCGAAUGCCGAUUCUAUAGUUAUCUCAAAAAUGAGGCUGCGAUCUGUUACUGUCUUGGCGACAAGAUGGAAUAUCUCUUUCCUUCCUCCUCCUCCUCCUCCUCCCCCUCCUC